AUGGCUGCGGGGAAGUUGCUGCUCUACGCCGGUCUGUCUCUGUCCCUCUGCGCGCUCGGGAUGCUGGCCGUGGCUAUCUGCUCCGACCACUGGUACGAGACGGACGCCCGGAGGUACCGAGAGCGGUGCCGAAGUUUCUCCAGCCGCCGGAAGGACCCGGGCUUUAUUUACAUCCCCAACAAUAGCCUCCCUCUGCGGGCGAGCCGCUCGCGCCUGGACCGCUGGGAGGAAAAGCUGCUGCUGGCGCGGAACAGACGGCAGCUAUUCGCCAUGAGCGCCGCCGAUGAGUGCAGCAGGCAGUAUAACUCCACCAACAUGGGGCUGUGGAGCAAAUGCCAUCGGCUUGGAUUUGAUCAAGAAAUCGAGGACCUCAUUCGAAAAGUGUGGAGCAAAUGCCAUCGGCUUGGAUUUGAUCAAGAUAUCGAGGACCUCAUUCGAAAAGGGUCUAUUGCAAGAUGCUCUUAUAUCAAGUACCACUACUCCUCGGCCACAAUACCCAAGAAUCUCUCUUACAACAUCACCAAGACCAUUCGUCAGGAUGAGUGGCACUCUCUGCAUCUGCGGAGGAUGACGGCAGGAUUUAUGGGAAUGGCGGUGGCCAUCAUCCUCUUCGGCUGGAUCAUUGGGAUGCUGGGAUGUUGCUGGGACCGUGGCCUCAUGCAGUAUGUGGCAGGUCUGCUCUUCCUCAUGGGCGGCACAUUUUGCAUCAUUUCCUUGUGCACCUGUGUAGCAGGCAUCAACUUCGAGCUGUCCCGUUACCCUCGCUACAUAUACGGCCUCCCAGAUGACAUCAGUCACGGUUACGGCUGGUCAAUGUUCUGCGCCUGGGGUGGUUUGGGCCUGUCCCUCAUCGCCGGGUUCUUCUGCACGCUGGCGCCCUCAGUACAGCCGAUCCCUCGCUCCACGUGCCCCAAAUCCCGCCAAGAAAACGGCACCGUGUGUUAAGGGACAGCCUCUGAAAAUCCCCAAGCCUACGUGUGCAGCUGGACAAUUGGGUACAAAACACAUAAGAAAAAAAAAGACCAUAACUGAAGAUUAAAAUCACGUUCAUUUAGAAUAAUUUCUAAUCUCACCAACCAGGCCAUUUUUUUAACCACGUGUGUGAAUCUACAACUGAGUGUCCUGAUCGUUUAAAAGAAAACAAAGACAAAAAA